CCCAGGUUUCUGCCAUCGUUGUUGGCCACGGCGUGGGAAGCAGCUCUGGGGGAGCUCAGGGCUCCCGAUUACGGCUUCUCCGGGGUAGCCACGGCUGGGUGGGUAGAACUGGGGUCUGGGUCCCUUAGUGGAGACCCAAGUGGGAUAGGCAGGUUCGUCAGUGCCUGACUUCCUGCCUUCUGGGUCAGAGCCUUACACAGCUCCAGAACCGGCUCCCAGGGAGAACUCCGUGGAACUCCAGAAUCACUGGGCAGGUCUGCCUUUCAGCCAAUGCCCCUGUCCCUGGGAGCCGAGAUGUGGGGCCCUGAAGCCUGGCUGCUGCUGCUGUUCCUGGCAUCAUUUACAGGCCGAUACUCCGCGGGUGAGCUGGAGACCUCGGACUUAGUGACAGUGGUGCUGGGCCAGGACGCAAAACUGCCCUGCUUCUACCGAGGGGAUCCCGAUGAGCAGGUGGGGCAGGUGGCAUGGGCUCGAGUGGACCCAAACGAAGGCACCCGGGAGCUGGCCCUGCUGCACUCCAAAUACGGGCUUCAUGUGAGCCCUGCCUAUGAGGACCGCGUGGAGCAACCACCACCCCCACGAGACCCUCUAGACGGCUCCAUCCUCCUGCGCAAUGCUGUGCAAGCAGAUGAGGGCGAGUACGAAUGCAGAGUCAGCACCUUCCCAGCCGGCAGCUUUCAGGCACGGAUGCGGCUUCGUGUUCUGGUGCCUCCCCUGCCUUCCCUGAAUCCUGGUCCACCACUAGAAGAGGGCCAGGGCCUGACGUUGGCAGCCUCUUGCACUGCUGAGGGCAGCCCAGCUCCCAGUGUGACCUGGGACACAGAGGUCAAAGGCACACAGUCCAGCCGCUCUUUCAAGCACUCCCGCUCAGCUGCCGUCACUUCAGAGUUUCAUCUGGUGCCCAGCCGAAGCAUGAAUGGGCAGCCACUGACCUGUGUGGUGUCUCACCCUGGCCUGCUCCAGGACCAAAGAAUCACCCACACCCUCCAAGUGGCCUUCCUUGCAGAAGCCUCUGUGAGGGGCCUUGAGGACCAAAACUUAUGGCAUGUUGGCCGAGAAGGAGCCACACUCAAAUGCCUGAGUGAAGGACAGCCCCCUCCCAAAUACAACUGGACACGGCUGGAUGGACCUCUGCCUAGUGGGGUGCGAGUAAAAGGAGACACUCUGGGCUUCCCCCCACUGACUACUGAGCACAGUGGUGUCUACGUCUGUCACGUCAGCAACGAACUUUCUUCGAGGGCUUCUCAAGUCACUGUGGAAGUUCUUGACCCUGAGGAUCCAGGAAAGCAGGUGGAUCUGGUGUCUGCGUCAGUGGUCGUAGUGGGUGUGAUUGCUGCACUCCUGUUCUGUCUCCUGGUGGUGGUGGUGGUGCUCAUGUCCCGAUAUCAUCGCCGCAAAGCCCAGCAGAUGACCCAGAAAUACGAGGAGGAGCUGACUUUGACCAGGGAGAACUCCAUCCGGAGGCUGCACUCUCACCACACGGACCCUAGGAGCCAGCCGGAGGAGAGUGUAGGGCUGAGAGCGGAGGGCCACCCUGAUAGUCUCAAGGACAACAGUAGCUGCUCUGUGAUGAGUGAAGAGCCAGAGGGCCGCAGCUACUCCACGUUAACCACCGUGAGAGAGAUCGAAACACAGACGGAACUGCUCUCCCCAGGCUCGGGGCGGACCGAGGAGGAGGACGAUCAGGAUGAAGGCAUCAAACAGGCCAUGAACCAUUUUGUUCAGGAAAAUGGGACCCUGAGGGCCAAACCUACAGGCAAUGGUAUCUACAUCAACGGGCGAGGGCACUUGGUCUGACCCAGGCCUGCCUCCCUCCCUGAGGCCUGGCUCUUCUGCUUCCAUGGGGGAACUUCAGCUCUUCUUAGGGGAAACGCCCUUAAAUGCCUGCAUUUCUUUAGGAAGAUACUUCCCACCCUACUGACUGCUCCACUUUUACCUCCAAUCCUGCUGUCCAUCAGGAGGGCUCCGCUGGUUGAGUGCCUCCCACCACUGAGUGUAGGUCAUUCCGUGUGUGUGUGUGUGUGUGUGUGUGUGUGUG